UCCGGGGACGCUGGGCUGCUGCAGCACUGUUGGAGGGAUGCACUCAGUAUUGUAAACGAGGCCACGCCCCUUUAACCGAGGCCACGCCCCCUUUUCCACCCGCGGACGGCACAAGGGGGAUAACGGUACAGUCCGGAUGUCACCAAGUCCAGGUGACGCCUCUGACCAGGAGAACACCAUCAUGAGAACACCCCCAUCGGGGAAUGGGUUUCAGAGAAGACUCCAAGGUAUGGCUCAUCAGCGUAUACCUGACAAUAAGAUGAAGAACUCGCCAACAUGGAUCCUUCUUCUCUGCGUGGUCAGCCUUGGCCGCAGCUAUCCACUAAGAGAGGAGCGGGAUGCUCUGAUGGAGAAGGAGAAUUUCCAGAGAGCGGGGGGCAGCGUUGUGUUGGGGGAGAGAGAAGUAGAGGCCAAUGACAAUCUGAUGAGGAUAAAAGAAGGGGAAAUGAAGCAGGCUGUCAGCACUGGGGUCUUCCCCCCCAGCAUGCACUUCUUUAAGGCCCGUGGGCUCAUCCAACAGAGCAAAGUGUUCAGUAUCCUGAGGGAGAUGCCUAAAGGAGGCGCACUCCACCUACACGAUUUUGCCAUCCUGAGCGUGGAUUGGCUGGUGAAAAACGCCACAUAUCUGCCAGACUGUUACAUCUGCUUCACCAGAGCUGGGGAUUCCAGAUUCGUGUUUUCCAAACCAGCCCCGGUGGGAGAGCUGCCGCCCGGCUGCUCUGAGUGGGUCCUCCUGGACACUUACAGGAAGAAGCUGGGCAACGUCACGGACUUUGAUAACAGUCUGAUACGUAACCUCACCCUGCUGACGGACUCUCCGGAACUUGAUUACCCAACUCAGGACAUCAUCUGGCGCCGCUUUGAGGGGGCUUUCAUUGGUGGAGCUGGCAUCAUCUGCUAUGCCCCAGUGUUCCGGGCUUACAUCUACGAGGGUCUGAGGGAACUCUAUCAGGAUAACAUCCAGUACAUUGAGCUGAGAGCUAUGUUACCACCGGUCUAUGAGCUGGACGGUAGUACCCACGAUCGCACCUGGUCAGUGAGGUCAUACAGAGACGUGGCAAAGCAGUUUAUGGAAGACCACCCGGAUUUCCUGGGACUAAAGAUCAUUUAUACCGUACACAGGCACGAGGAUGUCUCUAAGGUGAAAGAAGCCAUUCAUGUCGCCAUGCAGCUGAGGGACAACUUCCCUGACACCGUAGCUGGCUUUGACUUGGUUGGCCAAGAAGAUGCUGGGAACUCCCUGUACCAGCUCCAAGAUGCCCUCAGCAUCCCCAGCAAGAUGGGAGUUUCCCUGCCCUACUUCUUCCAUGCUGGAGAAACAAGUUGGCAAGGCAUGGAUGUGGAUGAAAAUGUCCUGGACGCUUUGCUGUUGAACACAUCUAGAAUUGGCCAUGGAUACGCCCUCCUGAAGCACCCAGUGGCUCGGGAGAUGUCCCUGAAGAUGAAUGUCCCUCUAGAGAUCUGUCCAGUGUCCAACCAGGUGCUCCUGUUGGUGUCUGACCUUCGCAAUCAUCCUGCAGCUGCCCUUUUGGCUGAUGGCCACCCUCUAGUAGUCAGCUCAGAUGAUCCAUCUAUUUUUGGAGCCCAAGGGGUGUCUUAUGACUUCUAUGAGGUGUUCAUGGGAAUUGGUGGCAUGAAAGCAGAUCUGAAGACUCUAAAACAACUGGCCCUGAAUUCAAUCAAUUACAGUUCUUUGACUUCCGAGGGGAAGGAGAGGCUCACCGACAUCUGGCAGAAGAAAUGGGACAAAUUUAUUGAAGAUUUGGCCAAGGGCACUUGGGUGGAGACGGAAUAGGGGAUGAGGACGCACAUUUGACACAAGACCCGUUAUUCGGCAUCAUGUGAAUCUUCUGCAGAGUGAAAAAUUAAUUUCUAUGAGCAGGGAAAACUCAGACAAUACGCACAAUAGUACAUAAGGGUUGCAGAGAGGAGGAGAGUGAAUGUGAGCGAAUGAGGAAGAGAGUAUGAAUGGAGAGAAUGAGAGCCGGAUACCGGGAGAAGCACGGAUUCGGUCUCAGCAGUAAAAUAUGUGUGUGUGGGGGGGGGCGAGCGGUGGGGGGCUAAGAGACUGGGAAUGCCGUUGUGUACCUGGGAAUGGGAUAUAAAUAUUACAUUUCACAUUUACAAUUUCUCACUUUAUUCUAAGUAGAAUUGAAAACAACUUUUACUGAAGGUUCAAUUAAUAGAUUUAAAAUCAUAACGAUUAAGAAACUACCUCAGUCUACUAGAUAAAAUUAAUGAAUACUGCCAAAUAGCAAUAGGAAGAUUAAGGCUGGGUGAUCUGUAUGCCACAUUACCAUAUACAACCUGUAAUCCAAAUCUACAAUAGAUUGCAUAUAAGCCACUCUCUACCAUAUAUUGCCCAUACCCCACAAUCUACCAUUCUGUAUGUUACCUGUACCCCACCCUCCGCUUUAUAUUACCCUUAUCCCACCCUCCGCUUUACAUUACCCGUAUCCCACCCCCCACCUUACUUUACCCGUACCCCACCCUACACCUUACAUUACCCAUACCCCACCCUCCACUAUACCUUACCCUCUAUCUUACAUUACCUGUACCCUACCCUCUACCUUACAUUACCCGUACCCAACCCUCCACCUUAUAUUACCCGUACCCCACCCUCCACCUUACUUUACCCUCUUCCUUACAUUACCUGUACCCCACCCUCUACCUUACAUUACCCGUACCCCACCCUCUACCAUUCCUUACAUUACCUGUACCCCAUCCUCCACCUUACUUUACCCUCUUCCUUACAUUACCUGUACCCCACCCUCUACCAUUCCUUAGCCUCUUUCUUACAUUACCUGUACCCCACCCUCCACCUUACAUUACCCGUAGCCCACCCUCUACCAUUCCUUAGCCUCUUUCUUACAUUACCUGUACCCCACCCUCCACCUUACAUUACCUGUACCCCACCCUCCACCUUACAUUACCCGUACCCCCCUUUCCACCUUACAUUACCCGUACCCCACCCUCCAUACCUUACCCUCUAUCUUACAUUACCUGUACCCUACCCUCUACCUUACAUUACCCGUACCCCACCCUCCACCUUACUUUACCCAUACCCCACCCUCCACCAUACAUUACCCGUACCCCACCCUCUACCUUACAUUACCCGUACCCCACCCUCCACCAUACAUUACCCUUACCCCACCCUCUACCAUACCUUACCCUCUUCCUUACAUUACCUGUACCCCACACUCCACCUUACAUUACCCUUACCCCACCCUCUACCAUACUUUACCCUCUACCUUACAUUACCUGUACCCCACCCUCCACCUUACAUUACCCGUACCCCACCCUCCACCAUACUUUACCCUCUUCCUUACAUUACCUGUACCCCACCCUCUACCUUACAUUACCCGUACCCCACCCUCUACCAUUCCUUACCCUCUUCCUUACAUUACCUGUACCCCACCCUCCACCUUACUUUACCCUCUACCUUACAUUACCUGUACCCCACCCUCCACCUUACAUUACCCGUACCCCACCCUCUACCAUUCCUUAGCCUCUUUCUUACAUUACCUGUACCCCACCCUCCACCUUACAUUACCUGUACCCCACCCUCCACCUUACAUUACCUGUACCCCACCCUCCAACUUACAUUACCCGUACCCCACUCUCCACCUUACAUUACCCGUACCCCACCCUCCACCAUACCUUACCCUCUACCUUACAUUACCCGUACCCCACUAUCCACCAUACCUUACCCUCUACCUUACAUUACCUGUACCCCACCCUCCACCUUACAUUACUUAUACCCCACCCUCCACCAUACCUUACCCUCUACCUUACAUUACCCGUACCCCACCCUCUACCUUACAUUACCCGUACCCCACCCUCCACCAUACAUUACCCUUACCCCACCCUCUACCAUACCUUACCCUCUUCCUUACAUUACCUGUACCCCACACUCCACCUUACAUUACCCUUACCCCACCCUCUACCAUACUUUACCCUCUACCUUACAUUACCUGUACCCCACCCUCCACCUUACAUUACCCGUACCCCACCCUCCACCAUACUUUACCCUCUUCCUUACAUUACCUGUACCCCACCCUCUACCUUACAUUACCCGUACCCCACCCUCUACCAUUCCUUACCCUCUUCCUUACAUUACCUGUACCCCAUCCUCCACCUUACUUUACCCUCUACCUUACAUUACCUGUACCCCACCCUCCACCUUACAUUACCCGUACCCCACCCUCUACCAUUCCUUAGCCUCUUUCUUACAUUACCUGUACCCCACCCUCCACCUUACAUUACCUGUACCCCACCCUCCACCUUACAUUACCUGUACCCCACCCUCCAACUUACAUUACCCGUACCCCACUCUCCACCUUACAUUACCCGUACUCCACCCUCCACCAUACCUUACCCUCUACCUUACAUUACCCGUACCCCACUAUCCACCAUACCUUACCCUCUACCUUACAUUACCUGUACCCCACCCUCCACCUUACAUUACUUAUACCCCACCCUCCACCAUACCUUACCCUCUACCUUACAUUACCCGUACCCCACCCUCCACCUUACAUUACCCGUACCCCACUAUCCACCUUACAUUACCCGUACCCCACCCUCCACCUUACAUCACUUAUACCCCACCCUCUACCAUACCUUACCCUCUACCUUACAUUACCUGUACCCCACCCUCCACCUUACAUUACCCGUACCACACCCUCCACCUUACAUUACCCGUACCCCACCCUCCACCUUACAUUACCCGUACCCCACUAUCCACCUUACAUUACCCGUACCCCACCCUCCACCUUACAUUACUUAUACCCCACCCUCUACCAUACCUUACCCUCUACCUUACAUUACCUGUACCCCACCCUCUACCUUACUUUCCUUGUACCUUAUCCUCUUUCAAAAUCAUGGUCCUCAAGGUACACUUACAGUCCAGGUUUUAAGGAUAGCCAUACUUGAGCACAGGUGACAGUACCGCAGUUAUUUUGAUUUAACCAUAUGUGCUCAAGCUUGGAUAUCACUAAAACCUGGACUGUUAGUGUGCCUUGGGGACCAAGGUUGGGAAACACUGCUUUACCAUAUGUUAUAUGCUACCCUCUACUAUAUUACCUGUACCCCACCGUCUACGGGGUUGGGAUCAAUAUGCUGGCGCUUGGGAUGCCGGCUGUCAGAAUACAGACAGGGGCAAGGUAAGUAUACUUACCUUCCCCUAAUGGCCCCCUAACCCUUCCCCCCGCAGCCUAACCCUCCCCCCCAGCCUAAACCUAGUGGUGCAGUUACUGGUGUGAGUGCUGGGAGGCUGGCGCGAGGGUUGGUAGUAUAGUAACUGGUGCGGGGGGCAGGGAAGCUGGCGCGAGGGCUGAUCAAUGCUGAUUACUUUAAGCCGCACUACCUAGCCAUUUCUGAUUAGCUAAUUGUGCACUGACCCUCCAGCUGACAGUACUUAAUUAACGUUUCUUUUAUCUACUUGCAUCACUUAACAGCCGUUUCUCUUUGGCCCGCUGCAGAAUAGAAGCUCGCCACUGGAGGAAACCAAAGCAUUCCAUUUAUUUUCAUUUAACUGAAUCUGUGUUUAUGGGUUUGAGCCAGCCGCACGAUAAGAGGCCGCCAUUUGAGCAUAUGCACGGAACUACACUGCUUAUGAGUAUCUUUCCUAAUGUUCCAUACCAGCGCGGGUGCGCUCAGCUCUACAUGAUCCCCAAUAUAUUUGUACCUCCGGGCGCUUAUUUCCCCAGGACACAGACAUCCCCAUGCAUCCAAAUGGACAGGAUGAGUGUCAGUAGGUCCCUAUAAUUUGUUAUACAUUAUUAUUUGGCAUCCACAUAUAAUUAUGGGGUAGGUUUUACAGCCUGAGCAAACGUCAAGUCACAUGGGCAAUGUUUAAUUUUAAAGUGACAGAAGUCCCCCCUGCUGUAUAGGUGACGUGCGUUAUCCCACGUAGCAGGGAUGUUGAGAUUUAUGCAGUAACAGCCGUAUUUUGUGUUAUAUAUACAGUAACUAACUGUAGUUCAUGGCAUCGCCCACGGUUUUAUGACUUAAGGCAUAGGUCUGCAAACUCGGUCCUCAUUACCCCACACAGCGCAUGUUUUGCAGGUAACCCAGCAGGUGCACAGGUGUAUUCAUUACUCACAGACACAUUUUAAAAGGUCCGCAGGUGGAGUUAAUUAUUUCACAUGUGAUUCUGUGAGGAGACCUGCAAAACAUGCACUGUGUGGGGUAAUGAGGACCGAGUUUACAGACCUAUGAUUUAAGGUGGGAGUGGCCAGCAUGACUAGCAGUAUUACACAUGGGAUGUUGGACACGCCCCCAAGUGAUGUAAUUGGGAUUUCCUAUGACAGCACGCCCACUUUAUGUUAGGCCACACCCCUUUUCAGACACACACACGCCUCUGGGGUGCAGAAUUCCUUGUAAUACAGUGAAAUGACAGGACUCACCGAUUAUACAGACAUUAUUUACAGUAUAUUAAGAUGACUUGUGUACUAUAUAUAUUUUAGUAUAGACAUUAUUAAAAGCAUUCCUCUUAGUGUGGUGUUUACUUGUAAAGAAAGUGUUUUAUAUUGUGUGGUUUCAAUAAACACCAUGUGAAAGUGA